AUGGCUCGUUCCAAGGCCAAAGCCCGAGCAAAGGCUCAGAAGGCUACACCUAAGAGACAUGCUGGGAACAAGUUUACGAUGCAGGAAGAAGCCCGGAAUACCGAAGGGCGUAACCUCUGGCGCACCGGACUGCAGCUUCGACACAAGGCUGUUCAAUUCGUAAGUGCAGGGGACCUGGAACGCGAAGACAACCCCGAGACCCCUCAAGCAAGCGAGAAGCGCGAAGAGCCUGAAACCAUUCCUGAGGAGACCACUGUCACUCCGCCGUCGGACCAUCAACCAGCCGAGACGACAACCGCCCCGAGUGUCUCGCCGUCAUUAGACACACUGGGAGAAGGGGUUGCAAAUGCAGAGAUUUCGGACCCAGACACGGAGCGAAUGCCAGCGGAUCAGGACGAAUCAAGCGAAGACGAGAUCGUCUUCCUGGGACGGCAAAGAAGAAAGGACCCAGCACCUCAACUCCUACAUAGGGACCACCAGAUGGAUACAAAUGACACCAACCGCGACUCGCAAGGAAGCACCAGUGAACAGGUCCAACCGCCGGAAAGGCCAGGAGCUCUACCCAGUACCACCAUAUCCGAUGCACGCUCGGCCACGCCCGAACUCGACUACAUAGAUUUUGGUAUGCCACGUCGUGGUAGGAAAUCCCGGAGUAAUCGAUCUGAUGAUGAGGAUGGCGCUAUAGCCGACUACAUAGCGAACAUGGACAACGACUAUCUCGAAGGAUUCAACACCCCAUCGUCAUCAUCAUCAAGUGAAGAAUCCGACGGCGACGACAACCUUCGCAGAGCCACAAAGGCCCCAACCACAGGUGACUUUAGUACCCGGAGUGAUCCCUUGGCGACAAUUGAGACUGAAGAGUCCAUGGGAGUUGCAAAUCUGGUUGACGAAGAGUCAGGCCUAGAUACAUAUACUCCGAAGGAUCCUCUCGAAGCCUACGACGAAUCCGGGACUGACACUGACUCAGAGGACGACGUUGGUGAUAGGGACCCAUACUCCCAGGAAAUUGAGGACCUUCUUCGUGCCCUGGAAGAAAGCAGUGCACCAAGCACAAGCCGGCGCAACCGCCCCAAAGGGCGCCCCUUUGCCCCGGCGACUGCUUUUGCGGAUGCGUUGGAGAUGGACCCAUACUAUGGACUUGACAUGAUGGAUUUUGACAGGCCCAGCCUUCGUAAGAAGAAGAAAGGGAAGCAUUUGCCCCUGGAUAUGGUGCUUUCCGACAGUGACCUUGAGAUGGAGCUAGAAAGGGCAUGGAAAAACGACCGAGAGAAAAAGAGGAUCAAAAAGCAGCAAAGGGAACAACUCCGUGCACAGGGCUUGCUAGGCCGCAAAUCCGAUGACCCAGACAUGAAGAGCAAGUAUGCCCUCAAUAUGGGCUUCGAUGACUUGAAGGUGGAGAUUCGCACAUUUAUGCUCUCCUCAAAGAAUAGGUAUCUUGUCACUGCCUCCAAUGACCAAACAUCGCAGAAAAGUGAUCCAUGA